AUGAGCACUGACGCACCCAUCAACUUCUUCAAGGGUCAUCCAUCUUUCCGACUAUUACCUGGCAAAAAUAUCGCCAAAACUGCAAACGACAUUCUUAAGCCAGAACGACUUGAAUAUGAUGAUUUAAAUGAAGAUAGGCAUCCACUUAGCUAUGGUCCAAAGGAAGGUUCACUGUGGGUACGUUGUGUCAUCUCUCAGUUUGUGAAUAAAUGCUUUAAACCUUUAAUGCCCACAAAACCGGAAUAUAUCAACUUGACAGGUGGGGCGUCUUAUGGUAUUAUGAACAUCUUGGAGCAGUGUACACUGCCUCAUACAGGGUAUACAAGACAAGCAUUCCUUAUUUCCCCAACUUAUUUCUUAAUAAAUGAGACAUUUAUUGAUGCCGGUUUCGGUGGUAAAUUGACAGCUGUUAAUGAGACACAGAAUGGGCUAGACGUCGAAUUUUUAGAGGCUAAGUUGGCUGAAUUCGAGUACGAUGCUCUUCUAAAUCCGCAGCACGGUGAAGAAAGGGGCCUGAAUCUGAUUAACAUGAGUGGGAGAUCUCGAACUAAAAAAGUAUAUCGUUAUGUUAUGUAUUUGGUGCCAACUUUCUCUAAUCCUAGUGGGAAGACAUAUUCUGUAUCUACAAGGUUAAAGUUAGUUGAAUUGGCUAGAAAAUACGACAUUUUGUUAAUAUCAGAUGACGUAUAUGAUUUGUUGGUUUAUGACCAACCUUGUGAUGCUUUACCAAAAUGUUUGCCGAGGUUGACGCACUUAGACAGAGCUUCAUAUGAAUAUGGGGAGAAUGGGUAUGGGAACACUAUAUCCAAUGCUACAUUCUCUAAAGUGAUUGCACCUGGGUUAAGAUGCGGUUAUCAAGAAUCAGUUAACAUGAACUUAGUCUACCAGCUAUCUCAAGGUGGUGCAAACAUAUCCGGUGGCUCGCCGGCUCAACUAAAUAGCAUGCUUAUUGGAACGCUCUUUAUCAACGGAGAGGCUGAUGUCAUUCUUGAGGAUCUUCGAACUAUAUACAAAUACCGGGCAACAGUUUUGUAUGAUGCAAUCAAGAAAUACUUACCAAAAAAGACCAUAUAUUCUCAACAAGCUGGGGGUUAUUUCUCAUGGUGCACUCUACCGGAAGGUUAUAAUUGUCAUGAUAUAUGCGAAAUAUUAGAAAAGGAUCACAAUAUUAUACUUGCAAAUGGCUCACAUUUUGAAGUAUAUGGGGAUGAAAGAAACUGGGGUCUCACCUCUGUUAGAAUAUCCAUCAGUUUUCUAGAAGCCGAUGAUAUUGCGAAAGGAGUUAAAAUUUGGGGACAAGUUUGCCAUGAAUAUGCUAAUAAGCAUCAUCUAACUUUUUGA